UGAAAGAAAAUUAAAGCUUUCGAUCAGUUUACUUUUAGCUGCUGCACUUGGCUUUACUCUUCGUUACUAUAUAGUAUCCAAGAUCAAAAUGUCAACGAUUGUGAGGAAACUUAUCAGCACCGUAAAUGCUGCCAAGCCAGUGGCUCCUUAUAAUCAAGCUGUGGUCGCCGAUCGGACGGUGUAUGUGUCUGGAUGUCUGGGACUCGACAAGGACACCAUGCAGUUGGUUCCUGGAGGACCAACUGAGCAAACAGAAAAGGCUCUGGAAAAUCUGAAGGCAAUCCUCACUGCCGCCGAUUCUGGUGUAGAUAAAGUGAUUAAGAACACGGUCUUCUUGAAGGAUCUUAACGAUUUUGGAGCUGUCAAUGAGGUCUACAAGAAGGUGUUCAAUAAGGACUUCCCGGCCCGCAGUUGUUUCCAAGUGGCCAAGUUACCUAUGGACGCUCUGGUGGAGAUUGAGUGCAUCGCUUUGACCGGAUCUGUUGAAACUAAAACAGUGCAAUAGCAACUAACACCCAGUAAGCUGUGAGAAAAUAUAAGCCUCUUAAAAAAUGGA